GAAAGGCUAAAAAGUGGCGGCGCGUCUCGUUUCUUUUUUUGGGGGUGUGUGUAUAUCUAUAUCUAUACGCGUGUAUUGUAUUCAUUCUGGAUUGUGGCUGUUCUUUUUACUCCGUAUGCUCACCUCGCUCCGGUGGGGGUGGACUGGCUUAAAAGGGAGAGGGAGUCGCUCUAUCUUGCGAAUAUGGCGCGUUAUUGUAACUGGCGGAGCUGAUGGGUGGUGUGUGUGUUUGUGUUUGUUUGGGGUGGGGGGCCCCGUUAUGCCAGCCUCCUGCUAGAAAUAAAUCUCCCAGAGGUCGCUUAAUGCGAUGAAAGCGUGUUUUUUUUGCUUGUGUUGUCUCUCUCUUUAAAGAACAGGCGCGGGGUAUUUUUGGGGGGCAAAUAUUUGUUAAUAGGAACCGAGGUUCCCGUAAGACGAAUUCUGGCGCUAUGUCCUUGUUCAACCCACCCACCCUGGCCAGUGUUGUUUGUUGUGUUUUGUGGUACUAAUAGGGCUCAUUACGGGCCUAAUCUUCCUUUCCACACACAGAGACACACACAUAUACACCGCUCUUAUUUUAUAUUCCAUCUUGUCGUUUCCCCGAUCUGUGUGGUGUAUAUAGUCGUAGGCGAACGGCGAACAGUUCCGAAGACUUUGAGGAGCAAUUUAAAAGGGGUGGGUGGGGUGGCAGGUGGGGAUUUACCCCGGGGUCCCCCUUUUCAAAAACUGGUUGCAUAAGGUUAUAUUUGCCAUCAUCUUUGUGUUACCAUCCGUGCCUCCUGGCCAGGGCUGGCGUACCGGGAACGACACAUAGGGAACCUCUUUCUUGAAAGGAGUUGGUGGCAUAUAGACCCUACUGCUGCAGACAUGGGGGAGGAGAAACAAACGGUCCACUGUGUAGUACUAAAUAGGGUAGAAGAAACAUAAUAUAGUCCAAUUAGAAAGGUCCCGUCCUUCUCAGCACUCAAUCAUCGAGGAAUGCGCGGUGAUUAAAAGCCUAGUUAGUGGUUUUCAAAUGAUGUAGACAACUCUCUGAAAUGCUACUCUUAUAGUAAACCAUAUGAAUUUAGGGCUGUUUUCCUCCUCAGUAUAUUUAGAUUACUGUACCUUUAAAGAGAUUAAUAGUGGAACACUUUCCCCCGUUUAAAUGCAUAUUUAAAAGAAAUCAAAGCAACGACUGGAAACUUAGGUGACCCACAGAGGGGGUUUGAUGACACACGCUAUACUUUUAAAGUUACUUUCCAUAAAAGUGGAGUAAAAACUGUAAUUUCCCUCUUUUGUCCUUUAGAGAUUCUAAAAAUGGCGGCCUCAGGCUGAUGUUGUGGUAAUCUAAUCAGCUCGGGUCCUCCACACCCCAUGCAGUGCAUUUGUCUGCAGCACAUUUAUAGGCUUAAUAUGCUUAAAUGAAAAAAAGACUGCCGCCUUUAAGUCAUGAACGAAACGUAUCUCGUCUUUCCUACGAUUAAAAUGCUGGGUUCCAGCUGAUUAAUUUUAUUGGUUAUUUGUGUGAAAUGCACAAAUCAACGAGACCAGUCUUCCUAGGGGAGGGAAUUGAUGACGGACUGGUGUAGCUGCUGUGGUCUAUGUGUGUAUGUUUGAAGUGAGUUCAUAUGCAUGCCAUAUUAAUCUUUUUACUUUUGUUUUUAAAAUGGUGGACAAGUUCCUCUUGACCUCUUAAUCUAGAUUUGUGCUGUAAUGUCUAAUGCUGGCAUGCAAGCAGCAUUACAAUGAGAACAUGAAAAUAAUUUUUAACAUGGCACUUCAUUUGAGAUUGUGAUAGCACUAUCAAGCCAAAUAAUUUCUAAUCUAUUAAUAAUCUGUUGCUGCUGGACAGAUUUUUCCUGUGUUUCUCCCUCCCCCAAGGAAUUAUACAGACAGAUUUAAAACUCCCCCUUCUUUGAGGGGUGUGUGUGUGUUAAAGGUUACAUGUCUUAAAUGUAAUUUUUCUACAUGAUUUUUUGUCAUACAGUACAUGUGAAAUGCAUAUUUCACUGUGAAAAAGGGAUUAUUUGUAAGGUGCUAAUUGCCAUUGACAAAUGAAUAGUGAUGAUGCAUUUAAAAUACAGUAACUAUUGUGCUGUUAAGCCUUCUCCUUUAUCUUCUCUCCUCCCCUGCCCCCCUUCCCGGUCUGCUGAAUACAGUUGAGAACAACAUGCUUAUCUAAAAGUAUAUGAAAGUUUCACUUAAUUAUAUUUUUAAUAUUUUUGCAGUUAGAAUGACUUGAGGGUCAAGUUGCAACUUUAAUGUGUUUGUGUAACUUUCUGCAAAAUAUUAUUUAGCAGUAUAUUUUCCCUUCAACCCUGGCAACAUUUAUUUACAUAUAUUAACUUCACUGUCUUGCAUAGUUAAUAACCUGCUUCUUAGACUUGUAAAUGGGGACAAUGUAUGCAUUACAGGGCUAUUCAUGUAUGCCUUCAGUAUGUUGUGAGGCCAAGAACAUGUUGGGUUACACAUUGUUUAAUGUGUGGGACUACAAUCCUUUAUUCAUUUAGCAGGGAGUAAGCAUCAUUGAACUUAAUGGGACUUGCAGCUGAGUAAAUGUGCAUAGGCAUAUCUAGUCAAAACUAUUGUCACUUUAAUGAUUUUAAUAUUUUUCAUACUGUAUAUACAGACUUGUGAACCUGGAACAUGGUGAUCCUUGAUUAUAAACAUUUUUGCUUAGGUGUUCAUCUUCUCAUUUGAAUAAUAAAUUGAAUUUUGUGUGCUGAAAAAUAAGGGGUGGUAUCCAACUAAGAAAGAGUAGAACUGACUGUAAAUCCAUUAAUUUAAAUGGGUAUAGUCUGACUAUAGAAUAGUUAGUUGGAUGCCAUCCAGAUGGUUUGGUUUUAUUUACUUCUUAUGAUGGCAAUAUUUGGUUUCUCCAAAAUGGGAUUCCAAUAAAACAGAAUAUUAUGUUAAUUCAAAACCCACCAUUAAAAGAGAAUUGAAGCCAUUUUAAGGCCUUUGUUCUUAUAUUGUCCGUAAUGUGGAACUGCUAGUAAUGUUGCAUUCCACUAGUGGGUUCUGAACUGUACGUAUCCUUAUUCUAAGUUUUAUUUUGUUCAGUGAGACUUUUAAACAGAAGGCUCACCUGGUUGAGUGGAGCCACAGUUCUAGCUUCCUGGCUGUCACUUACUGGGGAGGGGCAAGGCAGUGAGCCAGAUUGCCAUGGUGCACUGGCAGAGCCAAGUCAAUGCUUCCACUAGUGUUUGAUGCAGGAUGCUAAUCUCCUUGCCCCUCUCCCUCCCAACAAGCAGCAGUGACAUAUCUGUUGGGAAGCAGCAUUGCGGCUCUACCUCAUCAAGAAAGGCACUUCUGCACCCAGCAGAAUUUAGGAUUGUAGCCUAAAUGAUUUCGUACUACAGAUUCAUUUGUUAGAAUCAAAAAGUGAGCUUCAGUGGGUCACAAAUCUGAAACAUAACUCAUAUAUUUCAUCCAGUGAACCAUAGUGUACCUUUUGGUAUGCUGAGAGUCGCAGUAAUAGGAUUUACGGUAAUAAAGUGUUACGUGGCUUAAAUUAUUUUUUCCAUAUGUGGAAAUCUUACACAUGUUUAUUCAGAUGUAAGUCCAGUAGUGGACAGCAUAGUGGUGUGGCAGUGCUCACUUGACCUCCAGGCAGCAGAGUCACUUCUGCUUACAGGAGGAAGAGUGGGAGGGAUAAUGUGGCUGGGAGGUCAGCACUGUGCAGAUGCACAGGUAGAAGCACCAUGUUGGCUCCCCUGCUGUGUUUGCACAGUGCUGACUUCCACACCACCUCACCUCUCCCACUCUUGCUUUUGGUAAGCAGCAAAUCAGUGAUUCAGAGGUCUGGUUAUUUCAUUUUUCAGGAAUUGCAUUCUUCCUUUAAAAGUGCAGCAAGGUCUUUGAUUUGAGCUUCUGUUAAAUAAACUUUGGUACCAUACGUGAGAUGAACCUUGGUUGAAUUCUGAAACUUCUUUUCAGAACAACUUAUUUUUGUAAAUUUCUGAUUUAUGGAGCACUAUAAAAUAGAAUAAAUAGAGCUAACCUAAAAUUUGUUGGCAUAUUUUCUCUACGAGGACAAAUUCUUGUACGUACAGCAGCUAAUUAAACGUAUGGGGCUGAUCCAAAGGCUCCAUUCUUCUCAAAAAAGGAGCUUCUAGCUUACAGAAGAAAUCUUCUGUAUGAGCAUAUCAGAAGCAUUGAAUCAUAUGACUAUAAGAAAUCCUCUGCAUGCUGUUCGUCUCAAGCCUUUGACCAAGACAAUGUCUCAGAUAAAAAUUCAAUGUAAUUUGUAGUACAGUUGAUCCAAAAUAAGUUGGUUUAUUAUUUCUGUUAAGGAUUAAAAUAUUCUCUGAACUACACUGAGUGGCAUCACUUUGUGUCAGCCUGCUUGUGCCAACAGGUCUCCCCCUACCUGUCUUCACUGCCACUUCCUGAGUGCCCCCCAAAUCUGCUCUAGGGAAUUGGAGGAUUCUCUGGAACAAAUGGGGUGUGGUUGGGUUGCAGGGGUGAGGAGAGGAAGGGGAAGUUCUGUUGCGUUUGCUGGCACAGCUGGACAUUGUCUCCUGAGUCUGUAGCUCAAAUUUUCAUUAGUCUGUGAUGUAAUGGAAGCCUGACCCCCCGCCCCAAGUGCUUUGUAACCUGUAAAAAAAUAUUUUAUCUCUUUAAAAUAGUGAAUAGUUUUAAUCCAGAUUUCUGUUUUACUUGAUUUUAAAAUUGCCUGGCACUAUCUUUAUCUGUUUUUAGAUGAAAGACAACGCGCGCGCCCCCAAGCUUUUGGACCUUAAAUUGGAGAGUUUCAAGUGCUUCUCAUCUCUUAGUGGGGCUGGUUCUAUGAGGCCUUUGUAUUGCAGGGUUUUACUGGUUUGUUUGUCGUCACUCUUUUUAGUGUUUAUACUGUAUUGUAAGUCACUUUGGGUCCCUUUUGUGAGUAAAGCAACUAAUUAAUAGUAAUAAUAAUAAUAAUAAUAAUAAUAAUAAUAAUAAUAAUAAUAGAAUUAAUCUUGUGUACAUUAAUCAGGGCUUAACAGCUAAUAAGGUUCAAAGCUUGUGGCUCAAAUAUUUUUUUGUGAAGUUUUCAAACCAUAUCCUGAAAUAUUAUCUUAAAGGAGCAGCACGUUCUGCAUCUUGGAUUGAAGGUGGGGAAAAUAGUGGUGCUUUUUUGUCACUUAUUCUAAUAAUAAUAAUAAUAAUAAUAAUAAUAAUAAUUUGUUAUUUAUACCCCGCCCAUCUGACUGGGUUUCCCAGCCACUCUGGGCGGCUUCCAAUAGAACACCAAAAUACAACAAUCUAUUAAACAUUAAGCAGGGCUGCCUUCAGAUGUCUUCUAAAAGUCUGUUAGUUGUUUUUCUCUUUGACAUCUGGUGAGAGGGCGUUCCACAGGGCGGGUGCCACUACCAAGAAGGCCCUCUGCCUGGUUCCCUGUAACUUGGCUUCUCGCAGUGAGGGAAACGCCAGAAGGCCCUUGGCACUGGACCUCAGUGUCCAGGCAGAACGAUGGGGGUGGAGACGCUCCUUCAGGUAUACUGGACUGAGGCCGUUUAGGGCUUUAAAGGUCAGCACCAACACUUUGAAUUGUGCUCAGAAACGUACUGGGAGCCAAUGUAGGUCUUUCAAGACCCGGGUUACGUGGUCUCGGCGGCAGUGCAGAAAUGGUGCAGUGCAUUUCCUUUUCAUUUGAAUUGCAAUGUAAUAAUGGAAAGCUUUAGCAGGAAUGCAUUGAACAUGACACUAAGCCAAAGAUUAACCUCAAAUUCACAUUUUUCAUUUAGACCGUGAUAUACGAAAGAGUAUAUUUUGAUUCACCAGUUACAAUCCCAACAUUUUGAGAUUUCUUUGUUGUUUUUUACUUAUUUAUUACAUUUACAGUAUAUACAACUUUUCCCUCCAAGAAGCUCAAGGUGGCAGACAUGGUUCUUCCCUCCUCAUUUUAUCCUAACAACCCCAUGAGGUAGGUUAGACUGAAAGGCAGUGAGUGGCCUAAUGUCAUCCAGUAAGCUUCAUGGCUGAAUGAAACCAGACAUUCUAUAAUCUUUGAAAUAUGCCUUAUUUGACACUGAAAAGAAACCACCUAUUCUUCUACUGUUUAUUGAAUUUAAAUAUAAGGAGAAGUUGGUUAUUGUGGGGGGGGGUUGCAUGCAUGCUUUAUAGUUGAAAGUAAUAAACAGCAUUAUUUUUGUGGGGUGAUUUCAGCUUUCUCAUGGGUGGAACUCUAUUAUUGGAAUACCUGCACUGGAGGAAGAGAGGCGAUUUUUACUAAUUCCUCCUUCCUGCAGUUCUCCUUGACCCCAGAGAAGCUGCUCCAAAAGUUUGGUAAUUCUCCCCCCUCCCUCUUUCCAGCAGGAAAUGAUUUCAGUCCUGUCUGUGAAUGGAAGGAACACUCUGAAUCCAAUCUGAUGCUUUUAAAAUGUUUUAAACUACAAUAAUGGAAUACCAUUUUUCAGCAUCACCUCGUUCGCAAUGCAUUGAUGCAAGACUAUAGGAGUGCAGCCUUCUGGGCAGUGUUAGAAACUUAGAUAUAUAAGUUAAUUGCGAAAUAGCACCUUAAACCCAGGUUAUGGUCACCACAAUGGAAUGUCUACGCAUCCCCGGGGGGGGGGGAUUUAUUAUUAUUAUUGAUUUCAUUUCUAUACCACUUUAUAUUUUAAAUUAAAAAAUCCCAAAGUGGUUUACAGCACGUCAAAACAUCAAAUCAUACAAUACAGAAUACAAAUUCAAGCUUCAAGGAAAAUAUUUCAGAUCCUUCUCCAAGUGACAUAUUGUUUUCCACAUAUUUAUUUACCAACUUAAUUUACAUACCGUAGCUGCCCCAUAGUAGAAGUACUGUAGGAAGCCAAUGUGGUUAGAGUGUCAGACUAGGACCUGGGAGAUCAGGGUUCAAAUCCCCACUCAGUCAUGAAGCUCACUGGAUGACCUUGGGCCUGUCACAGCCUUGUAGCCUACCUCGUAGGGAUUAACUAUGGGGAGGUGAACCAUGUACUCCUUGGAGAAAAAUGUGGGAUAUAACUGAUGAAUAAGUUCUUCUGCUUACCAGUUUAAGAAAGCUGGAGAGGCCAGACAGCCAGAUGGAGAUGUCAGUCACCAACCUGGCAUCCAGAGAUCUCCAAGUGGUCACAAUUGGACCUGCACCAGUAGCAAAACGUGUCUGGCGAAUUUCUAACACUGCUUCUGGAGUAGUGCAUAUUUUUUAAAUAAAGAGAAAAAUAUCUUCUCAUGUUAUUUCCAAUGAAAUAACCAUUAGUAUCCACCACCAGAAUCAAGUUGCAGCACAUAUAUUCCUUUCAAUGUAGCAUUCUGUAUCAGUGGUUAAAGAAAAGACAGCAACCUUCCUUAGAGACCACAGACUGGAAAGCUUAUGGCAACUGAUCAUAGAACCAUUUUCUCAUAUGUUUUGGAAGAAGGUUUAAUUAUUGUUUAUUAUUCUAUCCAGUUCAGGAGUAAAAACUAGGAAAAUAUGUAAGAUUGCAAUCUUAAAUACACUUACUAGGGAAUAAGCUCAAUUGAACACAGUGGAGACUAUUUCUAGAUAAACACGGAUAGGCUUGUGCUAUAGUUUCUGCUGUCUUUUGAGAAUGUACUUAUUUUGUCAGGACAUGAACAAGACAUUUUGCUGCUUGAGGCAGAGCAGCAACCCCUCCCCUCAAAAAAUUUUUAUGGUGCAUAAUAUCCAAGGUCAAACAAGUUAUUCUGGCAGUAAAAAUGCUGCAAUAAUAAAAAAUUAAAAAAUUGCUGCUCUUUCAAAACAGCCUAAGCAUUGCUAACUCUUAGAAAGAUUAAGUCCAUUUCAUUGUUUUUUUAUUUUUAAAUCAUAAUUUUUAUUGAUUUUACAAAUUACAAAAAACGGUACAUACAUGAACACCUUUUCCACCUUCUUCCCACCCCCCUCCAUGGGUCCUCCCCUGCCACAGAAGUAUCCCACGCAGGUGAACAGUCAGAGAUGGUCCAUUUUAUGGUUGGAUUUCUGUCCUCCUCCCCCUCCCCUGCCCCCAAAGCCCCCCCCUGCCACCAGAGAGCUCCAGGAAACCAGGGCAGUACGCAGGAAGGCGUCCGUCCAACCAUCUAUUCUCAUACCAAAAAAGAGUAAAAGAAAAAAAAAGAGAAAAAAAGAGAGACAAAAAAGGAAAAACAAAACAAAAAUAAUCUUUUUUCAUUCAUAAUUAAUAAACCAUAUUUUGUGGGCUUCCCCAACCUCCCCCCUUCCCCGGUUUUCAUCCCUUUUUUAUCCUCUUCAACAGUUUCUUAUUCUAUGAAAUAAUUACCUUUAUACCUUAUACUACUUUAAAACUUAGCUAUUAUCAUUUUCACCAAAUAUCCAAAUCACUGAAAAAUCAAACUCCCAUUUUUUCUUCCCGUGCCUAAUUUUUCCCCCUCUAUAAGCCUCCAUAUUUUCACCUUUUUCCAAAAUCAAUUCACUUUUAAACUAUAACUAUUCCAUUUUAACUAAGUCCAUUUCAUUGUUAUCCCAUCCUUCCACGGGGCAAAGUGUGGCAUUAACUUCCCCCAUUAUCCUCCUUCACAAUAACCUUAGGAGGUAGGUUAGAGAGAAUGAACAGAGAUCCCAGAUGUCCCUGAUUUAGUCCACCAAUCUGACCACUACACUACACUGCCUUUUUAAUAUCAGGACUUUAUAACACAAAAUUCUUUCACUUGAUUUGAAACGACACAAGCUAAUCCACAUAUAAAAAGUACAGUAGUACCUCCAGUUACGUAACCCUCUGGUUACAUAAACUUCAAGAUGCAAAAGUGAGAAACCCGGUAGUAUUUUGCCAUGCAUGCAUGCGCAGAAGCGGUCCUCAGGUUGCGGAAACCUCGGGAUUUGACCAGACCUCCAGUACAGAUCCCAUCUGCAACUGGAGGUACCACUGUUUUGGCUUUAUUGUUUUUCAAUUACUCUGUUCCACUACCACCACACACCCUAUCCUACGUUCUCCUUACAUAAAUCACUUCUUGAUUCAUGUUUGUCUUCCCUACCACAGCUAGAGAAGGGGGGGGGGGAAAUCCAGGAGCACAUUAUUAUAUACUAGAUUUACAGUAUAUCCCACCCUUCUUCCAGUGAACUAAAGUUGAUGUAUAUUGUUUUCCCUCCCCCUUCACCGAUAUAUCUCCACAACAACCCUCUAAAGUAGGUUAGGCUGAGUGAUAACUUUAAAAAGAAGAAGUAAGCAUCAACUUCCAGACUCUCUAUGGGAGGGACCCACAACUUAAAACAGGGACUUCAGUCUUACCUCCUUAUGCCCAGCAAUGCACAUGGUGCUAGUGAGAGCAGAGGUACAUCUGCUUCCUUGUGAUAUAUUGUUUUCUUCCUCCUCCUGCUGUUCCCUCUCUUCUUCGAAACUGGCAGGAGGAGGGAAAGCAGCACACAGGAAAGUGGUGAUGAUGACAGAGUUCAUGGGAUCCCAACCAGUCUGCCACUUGUAAAGCUGCCCCCUAUUGUGCCACCUGAAUGGCGUGCUUCAAUGUGCCUCAUUAUAGAUUUGGUUCUGAUUUUUCUACCAUCACAGUACAUGGGAUCCUAACAGAGUAAGAAACAAAAAGUUAUGUCUCUGAACUGAGGAACUUAAAAUUUGAAAUUUUAUAUUUGGGCUGCCAGGGGAUGAAGAUUGGAAAAGAGAUUAAUCAAAAGAAUAUGUGCCUAGUUAAGUUAGUUUUCCCAAUUAAAACAGCUCCAUACAUUAAUUAGUUCAGAAUUUUAAAAGGUGGCAUUAUGAAUGUAUUUGUAUCAAUACUUUCCAUUGUGCAAGCAAUACUUGGAAGUUGUAGAUUUCCUGGCCUGGGCCUUGGUCAUCUUAAAUGCGGAGAGAUCGACUGCUACAGUACUUAGGAGUUUGUUUGCUUCCAAAUCUCAAACUAGAUUAGUCUUUGUUCCUGGAUCUCAAUUUCCAGGGCACAGGGGAGGCUUUAAAGAGGAAGCAGAAUGAUGCAUAUUAAAUUUAUUUUGUGUUACUCCCCCCCCCCUUUCAGAAUUACGGUUUCCAAAAAGGCACUUCAAAAAAAGAAAAAAUAGCAGGACUGGAAUGGAGACUGCUACAAAGAAUGGACUGGGAGGAGGGGAAAGCCAUAGAAAAGUGAGUUGGGUAAAAGGGACAGGGAAGCCUUUCGCACUGGCUUCCAGUAGAUCUACAUAGCUUGAAAUUCAAACUUAAAGAUACAAAUAUGCAUUCAGCGCAUCUAAUACCUACUAAUAAUCUUCUUCUUCUUCUUUUACUUCCGAAUGAAAGUUAGAAUUCUAAGGAUGUCAAAUUCUACCUUGCAAGGUAAGCAGAUAUGAAGUAGGCUAUAUACACCCUAGACUGGACUGCUCUGGCCGGUCCUCCGCCUUUCUGCUUUGAAAACAAAUGCUUGUUAUUUCUAAACAUAGACAGCUGUUACUGCUUUAAAUACCCUGUGUUCUUGAAGUAGAAUAGAGCUUAAUUGUAGGGAGGUACUAUAGGUGCUUUUACUAUUUGGAAAAAGUGAUUUUUCUUUGUAUUUUGAUUCCUCAGUGGAACCCACAGACUUGUGAAGGCCAGAUAGAACUUCAUUUUUCAGAACGUCAGCAGACAUAUUCUAACUCGAUAUAUAGGUUGCCAUGAAAAGCUGAGUAUGAUAUGAUGUAGAGUCCCAUUACUUUAGUUAGAGUCAUUAGCUCUUCUUGCAGUACAUGCUAACAAUUAAAAUAUGCUUUUUUAUAUAAAAAAUAAGAAUAUGCCUGUUUCUUCUCCAUCUCUCCACUUCCCUUCCUUGUUUCCUUUAUUCUGUUCUAGAAAGGGGCUAGAGACUAUGUAGGAGCCAACAUUUUCUUUAGAUAGAACUGUUGGCAAAACACAAUUCUAUUCAGGUGCAGGAGGGCAUGCUGAGUAUUGUCUAUAACAGUUACUUAGAGCCAAGUAAAGAUAGAUAUGGAUAUAGGUGUGGGAAAUUGACUGAAGCAGCCAACCAUCUGGUUUAAAAUACUGGUCCAGGCUCUUACUGUACACUACCAUAACACCUUGCAACAUAUGUGGGGAUGGAGAACCUGUGGGUCACCAGGUGUUGUUGAACUACAGUUAGCAUUAUUUCUGGUCAGUGGGUGUGCUGACGAGGGCUGAUGGGAAUUGGGAGACCAACAACAUCUGAAGUGCCAUAGGUUCCCAACCCUUGACCUAAGGAAACUGCUGGCCUGAUAAUUGCUGUACUAAAGCAACACUACUGCAGAUUGCCAGAUAACAUUAUUGCAGCUUCUAGCCCACCUGAGUCUUGCUGAUAUGAGGAGCUAGUAGAUUCUUAUCUGACCUCAGCUGAUUCUUGGUCUGCUGACCUUGGUCUGAUUCUUCAAUUAGAGAUUGUAGGCUGAUUCUCUGCUGAAACACCUGCCUGCCUCUAGAUUCCUAGCCCUAACACCAAUAAGUAGAGUUUCCUAAUUAGGAAUGUGAAGGGUGGGAAUAGAAAAGGGAAGGGAGACAUGUGUCCUAAACUUGUAAAACAGAAAUGAGGGAUUAAAGCAUCCUCUUUUACUAAAAAAAAAUAGUAUUUCUUUCAGUGUUAUUUACCAGUUGGAAAUAUUUAGCUAUAGUGUGAACUUGAGUUUUUAGUAUCUUAUACCAAAAGCACAACCGAAGUAUCAAAAAAGCAAAGCAGAACAGAAUUGUAUAACUGUUGCCCUGAAAUGUCAUCAAAGCAGCCUUAAGUCUGGCACUAUAUGAGGUAAUAAAACAAAUUUGCAAAAUAAACAGGAUUCCUGUUUAACAAAUGUGAGAAUAAGACUAUAAAUAAAUUACCCAUGAUCCAUCAUUUUAAUAUUUUUGAAUUAAUAAUAUUUUGUGAAGGAAAAAGUUGAAAAUAAAUUGUAUAUUUUUAUUUCAUCAUUUGAAGUUCUCAAAGGAAGAUCAAGAACAUCCAGUGGAUGGAUCCAGAUCAAGAUAAGCUGCAGGUUCUGUAAAUAAGUUGCACUCUGUUUCUAAAGCUUUUGUUCUUUACUGAGUGUAAUCAAGUUCAUUUAUGUUGUGUAGGAGUCAAUAGGUGAGAUCCGACUAAACUACACAUGGAGUAGAUCUGUUUAAAUCAAUGGAUUUUACUCAAGUUCAUUUAUUUCAAUGAGUCUACGUUGAGAAUGGUGUAGUUGGAUACCACCCAACAAGGGUUUCAGAUUUUCUCUUCAUCAGCACAACUGUUCAAUGAAGAGGAUAAGAUUGCAUUUAAAGGUAAUAUAAUGGGAUUUAUAUACAGUUGCCCAUAGUUCUCAUUUUUUAAUUCAGGGAUUUCAGAAUAGUGUGUUUUGUUCUAGGAAACGCUGUGUUGCUUUGGAAAUUUAACCCUGGGUUUAGCAAUGGUGAACAAGCAUCCCCAGAUGAAUGCUACAGUUCAUAUUCACAGGGGAGUGCUCAUAGUUUCACAUGAUAUCCAAACUAGGAAGAGACUGUUGUUUAAGUGCUACUGCAAACCAGGAUAUCCCUUCUUGAAGACUUCACAGCCUAAACAGACAAGAUACAAGGGGGUGGAUUAGGUAGAAUAUAAGAAUAGUGGUAAUUAAGAGUGGUAAUAGUGGUAAUUAAAAGAAGGCCACCUCAUGAGAAGAGAAGAAUCCUUGGAAAAGACCCUGAUGUUGGGAAAGAUUGAGGGCACUAGGAGAAGGGGACGACAGAGGACGAGAUGGUUGGACAGUGUUCUCGAAGCUACGAACAUGAGUUUGACCAAACUGCGGGAGGCAGUGGAAGACAGGAGUGCCUGGCGUGCUAUGGUCCAUGGGGUCACGAAGAGUCGGACACGACUAAACGACUAAACAACAACGAGAGAAGGGAAAAGCACUAACCUGGAAGAUGAAAGCAGCUUGAUAAAAAAAAGUCCUAAUCUGUUCCACACUCUAUCCUCCAUUUCCCUUUUCAAAUUGCUGUGAAUAACUCCAGUCUAAAUGACAUUGAUAAAUGGAGAGUCUGUGCAUUCAGACAUAUAAUCUUGACCACGGUUUAUGUUAUCAGGAAUGACCUGAGGCAUUCCUCUGGCUCAUGUUCCUUCUCUCCACAUAAGGAGAUUGAAAGCAUCUGCAUCAUGCAACUUGGGGAACUAUCGUAUGAUUUAACCAAAGUUAGUUUAAACAAGAUACAGGGUAAAACUGGUUUCAGAUUCAUUUUGUGUUAAAUAAUUUAGGUUAAAUCAAACCACAGUUGUCAGAGAUUGUACUGUUUUGCAUUCAAGGGAGGAGGUUGGGACAAGAGAGUGUGCAGGCCUAAGAUUCCUGCAGUUCAUUCCAAAUCACCUACACCAGGCCAUUUCCAUUCCUCCAAACCAUAGAAUUUGUAUUCUUGCCACAUUCCACUUCACCAUAUAAUUUCAGGUUAGUUGAUACUUUCCUUUAUUCCAACAGCACUUUGCUGUUACAUCUGAACCAGCAAUCCUUUGAGCGAGCCUUCUAAAGCAUGAUUGCAAACCAUAGUUUGAUGAUUUUGGUUCUAUUUUAGUUGAAUAAACAUCCAGUUACUUACUUUAUGGGGAAUCAUUUAAUAAUCCUGUUUAAGGACUGUUAGUGUAGGAAAAUAGUUAUGUUGAUAUUGUAUGCAACUUUCCUGUAAAUAAUGUGGGCCAAGGGUGGUUCCUCUGCUUGUUCAUUCAACAUAUUGUAGCACUUUGCUGGGUAAAAAUUCAGCAAAGGUCAAGCUGACUCACAACCAAGUACAGUCAUACCUCAUGUUACGUUUGCUUCACAUUGCGGCUUUUCAGGUAAUGAACGCGGCAAAUCUGGAAGUGUUUACUUCCGGGUACACCGCACGUGCAGAAGCAGCACUCUGCGGCCUUUUGGGGGUGCGUUUGUAAGUAGAGGUACCACUGUAUGCCCUUUUGGGUUGGGAUCUAGUGCUAAAAGUGAGCUUUUAUAAAAUACUUUCUGAGUAUUCAGAACAAUUAACAUACACUACCUCAGUAAUCACAAAUGUUCUCCAAUGUAGGCAGCCAUCACAGUUGGGCACUUGGGAGAUGGUAGUUUGUUGUAGGCCAUCUUGUGAGUUUGUGCGUGAAGUAAGAUUUAAUCUAGGAACAUCCCAGUUUGUAACUCAGAAUCUUAGCCAUUGUACUAUAUAUACUAGCUAGUUCAUAGAUGUAUAGGUGCUAUUAAUGGAGUGGGCUUGAUGUUAGACAGUUUUGCAAAUACAUUGAGGCUAGAUCAGAAUAGGCUUGCAUACCUGUACACUUGGUCUGGGUGAUAUAUCAAUAUAUUGUCCAAAACCAGUUUGAAGUCCAUAUUGUGAUAUCAGUUUAACAAGUUUUGACUGGGCAAUAUGUCCAUAGCUGCCAAGUUUUCCCUUUUCUCGCGAGGAAGCCUAUUCAGCAUAAUGGAAAAUCCCUUUUAAAAAGGGAUAACUUGGCAGCUAUGAAUAUGUCACAAAUCAUGGUGUGUGUGUGCUACACAAAAAUCACAAUGUGGGGGAAACCGUGAAGCCAGUCAGUGCUUCCUCAGACAUCACAAUAUUUCAGUGAUAUAUCACAAUGUUGAAAAACAGAUAUUGCCCAGCCCUACUGAAUACUUGAAAGACAAUGUUUCAAGUGUGUUAGCUCUUUGUUCUCCAUUAUGAAGUUUGAACCUACAUGCAGUGAAUACAGCUUGAAAUUUUGGUACAUGAGACUUACCUUACAAUCGCAAUAGUCUUUUUAAAUAAUUGGAUUCCUGUGUCCAGUGUUAACCAUAGUUUUUGAAAUAUCACAGUGAUAUGAACUCCUAAUGGUGUUUGGAGUAGGAUGUCAUGUUUCUUUUUAUGGGAUAUGAAGCUGUUGGUUGCUACAUCUAGGACAGUGCCUACAGAAGAUGUAAUGAAUAUUGCAUCUUCAGUAUCUUAGUGUAGAGGGCCAUGCCAGGUGGCACUGACCUGUGGAAAGCUGUCACUGGAGUUUCAUUUGUAUACAACAAUAUCUUUCUUCUCUUGCAGAUCUUCCUUUUGCACUUUUCCUUCUCUGAAUUAGGAAGAUGGAUAGGGUGUAAGACCUCACGCCAAAGUUAUGUUUCUGGCAUGGGAUAAGGGAAAGAUAGGGAGCAGAGAUUAUUGGACUUUUGACUAACAGUGGCUCUGCAGCCACUUAUUGCCUCCAGAUGGCAUAACCUUUUCAUAUUUGAUGCCUCUCUCCUUCCUUCCAUAUCCUGCACUGCCUGAUACAAAGAGGCCUGUGUCUGCUGCCUUGGCUCAUUGCCUCAUACUACCUCUAUAGUACUGGUCCAUCAGCAAAUUUAGUUCCACACCCAUAUUUUAGUAUGGUACUAUGCUGUAAAUAUUGAUAUAAUUCACUAUUUCCUUGUUAAAAGUUUUUGAGAUGACUGUGACUGAAUUAAGAGAUUAAAACUAUUAUUGUUACUGAUGUAGUUAAGUGGGCUAGUUUUAACUUUUAGAGCUGUUUGACAUUAACAUCAUGGUUAUGAGAUGCCUAUUGCUUUCAGGUAAUAAAGAUGAUUUACUGCAAUUGGUUGAACAGCUUCAUCCAGACAAUAGUAAUGAAUGGAUCAGCAUCAAACUGGAAAGAGGUAUCAAGUGGGAUUCCACAGGGAUCAGUUCUGAAUGCAGUGUAGGCCAUCUUCAUUAAUGACUUAGUUGAAUGAGUGGACCACAACUCUUAGCAAAUAGGUUGGAAAUAUUUUAGAACAUUCUACAAUGGCCUUGAUAAAUUGGAUAGCUUGCUAACAAUAACAUUUAGACUACACUUACAAAAAAAUUGUAUAUGGGGUUUAAUAAUCGGGACUAACUGUUUCUCAUGUUCUUGGUUUCAUUUGAUGUGGCUCAGAAUUUGGUGUUCUAAAAGUCUUGGCAAGAAAAACUCAAACCCACCAGCUUUUUAUUUUCCUCUGGCUAGAGAUUCUGAUAAAUGCAGCUAGCCUUUUGGCAAGGCUUUGUUGUUGUUUUAAUUGAGUUCUGAAAGAAUAUUUGAUGAAUACUAAGAAAAUUGUGUGUACUCUCACUAGUACUGUCUUACAGUUUACCAAUGGAGAUAAGUUCCCUGUCAAACUCCACUGUAAACACAUUGGUACAUGAAGGCAGGAAUUUUGAGGCCUGCAAGUCUGUGUUAACAUAACUUGUUACAUUUGAUGUGUUAAACUAUAAGAUUAGUAUUAAUUAAUUUUAGCCACACUGGGAUGACCAGGAUCGCUGUGAAUAUAAUGACAUUUCUUAGGAGGAAGCUGUAUAUAUAAAGAUUCUGUUUUAAGUGACAUCACUCACUUAUAUAUAUCACUAAAUAUAUAUAUAUAUUGCGCAUCCUGUGUCUCUUGUAGAUCUCUGCCUUGCAGUUAGCAACAGCCUUUUUUAAGGAUCUGUGAGGCUUUUGUAUCCCCCAUCACAAAAAAGUCAAUAUAACAAGAUCCUAGCCAUAAUUACAUUACCCUUACAUUUCAUAUUGUGCACCAUAAAACAAAGAAACAAACAAAAAAGCACAGGUUUACAUAUUUAGUGUACUACAAUUUUUUUAAAAAAAGCAGGGAGUCAUUUAAAACAUGAGCUUUGAAGCCAGAACAGUGUUGUAAUACAUGCACGCUUCUGAAAUAACUAGUGUCUCCUCCUCUUCAGAUCAAGAUUUUCUCUGCUUAGAAAACCAACCUUUUCUGCAUUUUUUUCUGGCAGAUGUGUCAGUUUCAUUCCUGCUGAGGCAGUCAGAACAGAUGAGUUUGUGGAUGCACUUAGAUGUUUGCAAUGAGCACUGUGGCUGGCAUGCCCCAGUGUUUUGGAUACCAAUGCAUAGAACUCCAUAGUAAUCGAAUUUAUCAGAAACGAACGUCAUGAGCAUAGUGGUCCCGUUGGGGGUUGACACAGCGGAAACUUCAUAUUUGGAAAUGGCUGCAGGCUCAGAACCUGAAUCUGUAGAAGCUAGCCCUGUGGUAGUUGAGAAGUCAAACUAUCCACACCAGCUAUAUAACAGCAGUUCUCAUCAUUCACACAGUUAUAUUGGUUUGCCUUAUGCGGACCAUAACUAUGGUGCUCGCCCUCCUCCAACACCUCCAGCGUCUCCUCCUCCAUCAGUUCUUAUAAGCAAGAAUGAAGUAGGCAUAUAUACUGCUCCAAAUUUUGAUGAGACCUCCAGUGCUACUACUAUCAGCACUUCUGAGGAUGGAAGCUAUGGAACUGAUAUAACCAGGUGCAUUUGUGGAUUUACACAUGAUGAUGGAUAUAUGAUCUGUUGUGACAAAUGCAGUGUUUGGCAGCACAUUGAUUGCAUGGGGAUCGACAGGCAGCAUAUUCCUGACAUAUACCUGUGUGAACGUUGUCAACCUAGGAACUUAGAUAAAGAGAGGGCAAUAUUGCUGCAGCGUAGAAAAAGGGAAAAUAUGUCAGAUAUAAGGUUGUUGUGGGGAUUAAAUGAGGAGGAGGAGAACCAAGUGUGUCACCUUGAGCUCCUUGGAGGAAAAGAUGGGGAUACCAGCGCAACAGAAAGUGGCGAUGAAGUUCCUGUAGAACUAUAUACUGCUUUUCAACAUACACCAACUACAAUUACUCUGACUGCUACACGAGUUACCAAGGUCACAGAUAAGAAACGGAAAAAAAGUGGGGAGAAAGAACAAAACAUCACAAAAUGUAAAAAGGCUUUUCGUGAAGGUUCUAGGAAGUCUUCAAGAGUAAAGGGCUCAGCUCCGGAGAUUGAUCCUUCUGAAAGUUCCAACUUUGGAUGGGAAACUAAAAUCAAGGCAUGGAUGGAUCGUUAUGAAGAAGCAAACAACAACCAGUACAGCGAAGGUGUUCAAAGAGAGGCACAAAGAAUAGCUUUGAGAUUAGGAAACGGAGAUGACAAAAAAGAAGUGAUCACCAGCAACUCAGUUUUCAAACCUCCAGUAGAGAGCUAUAUUCAAAAAAAUAAGAAAAUCCUAAAAGCUGCCAAAGACUUGCCUCCAGAUGCACUUAUUAUUGAAUAUCGAGGAAAGUUCAUGCUGAGAGAACAAUUUGAAGCUAAUGGAUAUUUCUUUAAGAGGCCAUACCCGUUUGUUCUAUUCUAUUCUAAAUUCCACGGGCUAGAAAUGUGUGUAGAUGCAAGAACCUUUGGGAAUGAAGCUCGAUUUAUCAGACGUUCUUGUACGCCUAAUGCUGAGGUUAGACAUGCAAUUGAAGAAGGAACCAUUCAUCUUUAUAUCUACUCCAUCCAAAACAUUCCAAAGGGAACAGAAAUAACUAUUGCAUUCGAUUUUGAUUAUGGAAACUGCAAAUACAAAGUGGACUGUGCUUGUUUGAAAGAAAAUCCUGAAUGCCCAGUACUUAAGCGAGGCUCUGAACCUACAGAAAACAUAAAUACUGGAUAUGAUACUAGAAGAAAAAAGGGCAGAAAGGAGAGGGAUGCUUCCAAAGAGAAGGAGACUCAAAACCAGAACAUCACCUUGGAUUGUGAAGGAGCAGCCACCAAAACCAAGUUUCCAGACAACAGACAGAGAAAGCUUUCUCCCCUAAGGCUAUCAAUCUCAAAUAAUCAGGAGCCAGAUUUUAUUGAUGAUAUAGAAGAAAAAACUCCUAUUAGCAAUGAAGUAGAAAUGGAAUCAGAGGAGCAGAUUGCAGAAAGGAAAAGGAAGCUGACCAGAGAAGAACGGAAAAUGGAAGCCAUUCUUCAAGCUUUUGCCAGGCUAGAAAAAAGAGAAAAAAGAAGAGAGCAGGCUUUGGAAAGAAUCAGUACAGCUAAAACUGAAAUUAAACCUGAAUGCAAGGAAACGCAGAUCAUAAAUGAAACAGAAUUUGUACAGGAACCAGCAAAAGAGGAAACUGCCACUAAGCCAACCCCUGCCAAAGUCAAUAGGACAAAACAGAGAAAAAGUUUCUCUCGGAGUAGAACUCAUAUCGGACAGCAGCGGAGAAGGCACAGGACUGUUAGCAUGUGUUCAGAUAUUCAACCAUCCUCUCCUGAUGUGGAAGUUAGUUCACAGCACAAUGAGCCUGAAAACACUGCACUUUCAGCUGAGCCUGAAACUGAGACAACUGUUGCUGAAAUAGUUCCUGAACCAGAACCCCCAGCACUUAACAAAUGCCCUCCUAAAUAUCCUAAAACAAAAAAGGGAACACAUUCCUUGCAGCUCACAUUCCUUGACCAGAAGGAUGGGAAGGGCUGGACACAAAUUUGUGAGCACUUGGUGAGUGAGUGGUUAAGUGAGAAGAAUGAGAAGACAGGAAAACCGACGGACAGCCUUUCAGAAAGGACCCUGCGUAUAACGACAGAUCCUGAGGUUUUGGCUACACAGCUGAAUUCUUUGCCCGGUCUCACCUACAGCCCACAUGUAUAUACUACUCCUAAGCACUAUAUUCGUUUUACAUCACCAUUCCUUUCGGAAAAGAGGCGCAGAAAAGAACCUGUGGAAAACAUUGGCUCUUGCAAGAAGCGUUGGUUGAAGCAAGCUCUGGAAGAAGAAAACACAACAGCUGUAGAUAGGUUUAAUUCACCAUCUCAUGAAAGAUCUAGAAGUCCCACAGUCAAUGGUGAAAGUAGAAGUCCCUUGUUAUUAAAUGACAGUUGUUCCUUAUCAGACCUCACAACACCGCUAAAAAAACGAAGAGUCUAUCAGCUGUCGGAUUCUGCCUAUUCAGAAACCUCUACACCUAUUCCUUCUCCAUAUGCCACACCAACCCAUGCUGAUCUCUCUGCCUCAGAUCCAUUGCUGUUUGCAACUCCUCCUAGAAUAAAAGCAGAAGAUGAAACCUGUAGGAAUGGUUAUAAGCCCAUUUACUCACCUGUUACGCCAGUGAUUCCAUGUGUACAUGGAAAUGCAAUGCACUUUGAGAAUAUUUCUUCACCUGAAAGUUCCCCAGAAGUUAAGAGGCGAACGUAUAAUCAAGAGGGAUAUGACCGGUCAUCAUCAGCAAUGCUAGCACUCAACCCUUUCAGAAAUUCCAAUCUAACAGAAAUGUGCCUGCAAGAAAUAAAGACUAUUGGAUAUUCCAGUCCAAGAAAUAGGACUGAUGGUGCCAGGCAAUGCUCCGGAGAAAAUGAAACGGCCUCAGACCUUCAGUUGGGACUUGAAGCAAUUGAGCAAAGUGCACUGCAUAAAACUCUGGACAACACCUGCCAUGAUAGGACUGAUGCUAGCAGCCAGCUGGAAACUGCUCACUGUGGACGGGGAACAGUUUAUCCGACUUGGGUAAAGAGUCCCGACAGGACAGGUGUAAAUUUCUCAAUGAAUUCUAAUCUGAGGGACUUAACUCCUUCACACCAGCUGGAGGUGGGAGGUGGAUUCCGAAUAAACGAAUCAAAGUGCCUGAUUCCAGAUGAUGCCAGAGGUGGCAUGUUCAUGGAAACACCUGUUUUUUGUACUUCUGAAGAUGGACUUGCAGCUGGCUUUGGAAGAACUGUCAGUAGUGACAGCUUGAUGGACGGAAAUUGCACACCCCAGAAUCCUCCACAAAAGAAAAAGGUGUCGCUUCUAGAAUACCGCAAGAGGCAACGAGAAGCCAGAAAAAGCGGCUCCAAGGCAGAAAGCUUUCCCCUUCUAACCAUAUCGCCACACUCUGCUGGUGGAGGAAACAACGGCGGUUCUGCUGACGGGUAUAACAGCAGCGAGAACGGGGAGCCAGUUGAGCAGGAGCACACGGCUAGCCUCCCUUUACCAUUGCCAGCCACCGAUUAUAGCACCACUUCAGAAGAAACAGAAAACUCCUCUUCAUCAAAAGAAGCUUCAAGCGAGAAGAACGAUCCAGAAGUUCAGUGGACUGCUUCAACUUCAGUGGAGCAAGUGAGGGAACGAAGUUAUCAGAGAGCUCUGCUUCUUAGUGAUCAUAGGAAAGACAAGGACUCUGAUCCUGAAAAUCCUGAGCCCACAAGUGAAUGUCCGUCCCCAGAUACUUCUAUGAAGGCUUGCAAGAGUCCUUUAAAAGUGAGCAAGACUUCUUCACCAAGUCCUGUAGCUCCUGUCCAAUCGCUUGGGAAAACACCCAUAAAACAGGAUGCCCAGGGGGAGACUACAGCAGAUGCUCCAGAGGCAGAGAACACAACUCACCCCAAACCUGACCAACCACAGAAGCCGCUGGCAAAUAAUGCCGAAGCACUUUCAAAAAACCACCAGCCCCAUUCGCGCAGCGCAGCAGAUCAACUCUCGCAGAAGCUGCCUUCUGUACCAUUGAAGCUACACUGUCCCCCUUCACCCCAGGUAGAGAACCCUCCCAAACCCUCUACUCCCCACACACCUGUUCAACACGGCUACCUUUCACCAAAGCCCCCUUCACAACAAUUAGGAUCGCCCUGCAGACCUCACCAUCCUCAGUCACCUCAAGUGGGAACGCCUCAAAGAGACACUCACAGAAGUUUCUAUGCGGCGACGCAAAGCCUUCAGCCUAGUACCCAGCAGCAACCCAGCGGAACGCUGUUUCCCCAAACAUCUUCGGUCUCUUACAGCCAGUUUCACCAACAAAAUGUGAACGCUAGUGCCCCGCCUCCUCCCCCGCCUCCUCCCCCUUCCUCUACUUAUUAUCAAAACCAGCAAGCCCCCUCAGGAAACUUUCAAAAUUACAGUCAGUUAAAAAGUAGCAUACCACCCCAACAAACUGUGUUUCCCUCUGGACCAAACCAAGCACUUGCGGGCACAACAUGCCAGCAGCCGGUUUCAGGGCACCAUGUAACCAGUGGGCAUUUUUUGCCAUCUCAGAACCCCAGUAUUCACCACCAGACUCCAGCUGUCGGGGCUCCGCCGCCCCCCCCACCACCGCCACCUGCUCCAGGAUCCCAUCUUGUGCAGCAGCCAAGUUCUCAUCAGCAGCAUGCCGUGGCCCACGUCGUGGGCCCCGUGCACGCAGUCGCUGUGGCUCCGGGGUCACACAUCCAUUCUCAAGCUGCCGGUCACCAUCUGCCGCCGCCUCCACCGCCGCCUGGUCCCCUUCCUCACCAUCAUCCGACUCACCCCACCACAGGUCACCAAGGUUUGCAAGCACAACACCAGCACGUAGUCAAUUCGGCUCCGCCUCCUCCACCGCCGCCGCCACCUGCCACCGUUUUAGGCUCUGGGCAUCACACGGCAUCGGCGCAAGGAUUGCACCAUGCAUCUCACCAGGGCCCCCCACUUUUCCCCUCCAGCGCUCAUUCAACAGUCACUUCCUACCCCUCGCAGCCUCAUCAUACACCUUUGGGACCUGGACCUCAGCAUCAGCCUGCUGGCACGGGACCUCACUGCCCACUCCCAGGUCAGGGUCCUCACAUCCAGCCUCAAGGACCAAGCAGUAUUCCAACACCUACCGCUUCCGGGUUCUGUCCUCAUCCUGGCUCUGUAUCCCUUCCUCACGGUGUGCAAGGACCUCAGCAGGCAUCUCCGGUGCCUGGGCAAAUACCUAUUCACAGAGCACAGGUGCCACCAACUUUUCAAAACAAUUAUCAUGGGUCAGGGUGGCAUUAAAAUGGACCCCUUGCUUCUAAACAUUUUAAAAAUGUUCUGUAAAAAACUGUAUAUUUCAUAUGUACCUGUUGAAGGUACUUUUUAAAGCUUGUACAUGAUACUUUGUAUAAAAGCAAACACCAGUGCGCGCACUCUCAUUGUACUCUUUCCAUUUUUGCUUUUAAAAAUUCCUGAAACUGUGCCCUUGAGCCAGUAUUAGGCAUUUUUUAUUUUGUAUGUGAACAUUCCAGCUGUUCGUUCUGGCAGUAGAUUUGAUGCUGCGUAACUUUAAAUUUUAUUGUUGCAGUUAAAUUCAUUUAGUGAAUGUUUUCUAUAUUUACUUUUUAUACAUAUGUAAUUAAAGUACACAGCUAAGUGAUGGCACUAACAGGUUUUCCAUCUGUCAAACAGUUUUUGUGUGCACAUAGAUAGAAGAUGCAAUACAGAUUUUUAUAGUUUGGUGUGGACAUGGCUCUUAUUUCAACAGUUCUUUGCAGACAUUGUAAUUUAAUGUAUAGAUUGUUUCUAAUGUCUAUGACAAGUGCUGUAAAUACUGUUUCUUUUGCGUGUAAAACUGCUUAAUGCUUCUCAUUUGAUAUAGUAUUGUACAUACGAGUCUUUUGCAAAAGCGUGUGAUCUUUGUGGAAGUAGUACAGUAUAUGAACUUUAAUUUUUUUUAAUAUACUGUCACAUUGCAGCACUGGUUGGGCAUUUUAAUUCAUGUUAAUAAAUCACAAUUAUGUCAGUUUUAAUAAUAGUUCCUGAUAACUUGCUGUUUAAGAAAAAUGAUAUCGAAACCAUUGUGAUAAGUAACAUUCUGAGGAACACUAUUCCAAGAGAACCACAAUUCCUAUAGGAGAGAAGCUUCUCUCUCUACAACUGCCCCAAAUCCUGGCCAAGCACAAAUGAUACUCUUAUGUUCAGGAAUUGG